CAACAACUCGACCCCAGCCAAUCCGUGCUGCUUAUCAUAAUCAAACAACAACAGUUUCUUCACAAAAAAAAAUAAGAAGCAGUCAGUAAUGCAUUGCCCUCAAACGAGAAUGGACGAUAGUCUUGAAACUGUUCUCUCCGCACUGGAAAAAAAUCGGUCAGCCUUUCAGAUUUUUGAUAAGAAUUAUCAGGAAGACAGGCGCGUAUUUCUAAAUGGUGCGCCCAAGGGCUUGAAGAGAGAAUUCGAUGAAUUAUUAACGCAAAAUGCUAUUGAGUUUAUGGUAGACUUGGUGAUGCACUUUGGAGCGCGGAUUGAGGAACUCUACAGUGACAGAUUGCGGAGGAGAGCUGAAUUUAAAAGUCAGCCGAAAAUUCCGAGGUUCCAGGCAGUACAAGGAAAUGAUGACUGGAAAGUCUCGCCUGUUUGUGAUCGUUUGAGGAACAGACACUUAGACCUGGGCGACGUGAGUCCAAGUGACUUGAAUCACUUUACGUCAGCCCUGCAAUCAGACGUUCAAGGAAUCCAAGUGGAUUUCGACGAUGGCCAUUGUCCAACCUGGUCGAACCAGAUUUCAGGUCUUCACAAUGUCCUAAAAGCGGUGGCCAAUCGUCUCCCGAACGUUCCUCCGAUCACAAAAUCUCCAGUUCUGGUUCUCCGUCCCAGAGCCUGGAAUAUGAUCGAGAGGAACAUGAGCAUCAACGGAAAACAAGUUCCCGGUCCGAUCUUCGACUUUUCCCUUCUGAUCUUCCACACAGGAGCAAUCCUCCAGAGAGCAAACUCAGGUCCAGCAUUUUACCUCUCGAAACUGGAGAGCUGGAAGGAGGCGAAACUGUGGAACGACAUAUUUUCCUACAGUGAACUCAAACUGAGAAUUCCCAACGGCUCCAUCAAGGCAUGUGUCCUCAUAGAGAACAUCCUGGCGAGUUUCGAGAUGGAGAGAAUUCUCUACGAGUUGCGAGAGCAUUCGUUGGGUCUUAACUGCGGUAUCUGGGAUUAUGCCGCCUCAAUCAUAUCGAUAUUUGGAGGUGACGAGUCAUUUUUACUUCCUGACAGGAAUAAAUACGUGGACAUGAACAAGAGAUUCUUGAAGAAGUACAUGGAAUUGGUGGUGAGGACGUGCCACAGGAGAGGGGCUCACGCCACGGGGGGAAUGGCAGCUAAAUUGUUGCCACAUCCUGAUGACAAGGAGUUUGGAAAUAUUCUUCGAGGGAUCUGCGAGGCUAAAUUCAUGGAGAUCCAGACUGGAGUCGAUGGAUUCAUGAUUUACGAUGUGAAACUGGUACGUUACAUGAACGAGAUGUGGAGGGAUUAUGGGGGACCGUUUGCCAAUCAGAUUUUGUACCUGGGACGUUCUGAGGACAUCACAGGAGAGGAUCUGCUCAGUCUACCCGAGGGGGGAGUCACCAGAAAAGGGUUGGAUCACAACAUCAGGGUUUCCAUUCUGUUUAAUUAUAACUGGAUGAGAGGAAGGGGCCACUUCCCUCUGGGGGGAUCUGUCGAAGAUUCAGCUACUGCUGAAAUCUCUAGGUCUCAAAUUUGGCAGUGGAUUAGGCAUCGAGCCAGGAUUGAAGAGGGAGGAUCCGUCACAGUUGAAGUUGUGAAAAAAAGAGCGCAAAAGGUUUUGAAAGAUAUUUUAAAAAAUUGUCGAGACCAUCUAGAGAUCCAAAAGGUUCUCACCGCUUACGAUAUUUUCUUUGAUCUCGUUAAUCGCAGAGAUUUCCCGGAAUUCAUUACUUCGUUUAUUUAUGAUGAAUAUAUGUUCAAGAAAACACAUGCGCACUUGUGAUGGAAUAAAUUACUUGUACUUGUUAUAUUGUGUAACGAGGAAUUUAAGAAGAAGACUCGAUUUGUCUCGUCGAAGAUUUCCUCGGGCAUUUAAAAUUCGUAAUAAAAAAUAAUUAUUUUUAAUUUA